AUGACAAUCAAACAAGCAAACAUCCCGUUGUUUACCACACCUACUAAGAGUGUUAAAACCAUUGGCAUAAUCAAAAACAAUAUAAAUAAUCAGAAGGUCAUUCCAGAUCCAACAACAAGUGUAGACAGACAAUUAUCAACCACUGUACUAAAACGUGUUUCGUUUUAUAUACCAGAAAACCGCUGCCACGACAUCUCAACUAAGGUUAAUAAUUACCCCAAAGACAAAUAUAUCAAUUCACUUCCAAAAAAUGAAUCUCAGUCAACCGAAUCUAAUAGCUUGGGGUCUAAAUUAGGGAGCAAAAUAGACGGUGUGAUAAAGAUGGGUUGUAAACUUACCAACAAAUUGGACAAUGUCAUCAGGACCAACAACAAGCAUGAUAAAUUUGAGACCCCUAGGUUUGAAAUCAAAGUGGAUGCACCAAAAUCCGACAUAAACACAUUUGAUAGUGCUAAAUCUAGUGAUAAAAAGAAAUCUACCCCCGCAAAUAAAGUUAUUGACUUUGGGAAAAACUAUGCUUUGAAGUGGGAUAGUAAAGUUGCCAAAAUGUAUACACCCGUUAGGAACUCGGAAGAUAACAUAGUACUGAAUAGCUAUAAAGUUUAUUCUAAUGAAGAUGGCAGCAAAAAGUCCAUUUUGCACUCGCUAAAAUAUACUUCACACAAUCCUGAUGAUUGUGAUAUUGAGAGUAUUGUGAAGGAUAGGUGGCUAUGGGAUAUCAUAUCAAAUAAAAGGAUAAGUGAUAAUGAAACAUCAGAUAGAGUUUGUUUUGGCAUGAAACAGGACGAUUUAUUGGACGGGUUCGACAUAUUCUGCCAGCAAAUGGCACAAGGGGCUGGUGCCAAUUUAAUUAACACGUUAACCAACGUGAGCAGCGAAGAUAUGCAAAACACCGAAUUCAUUAGGGACUAUAAGGGCAGUGGCAGUGAUUUGUUACAACAAGGCAAGUCUCUAUAUGUACUACCUCCCACCAUAGCAAAUACAACUGAUGAUGAUGAAGCUGGGUCAUUAGACCAUAGGGGCAACUAUGAUUAUUUUGGGGAUUACAGUGAUAUAAGGGAGUUGUUUAUGCCCAUAGGCAAAGGCAUUUGGCGUUGGGCAAACUCUGCAGUGCCCACUAAAGAAACAAAAUGCAGAUCUACCCAAACCGAAGAGGGCGUGGAGAGUAUAAUUCUUGACACCAGUUUGGGGCCUGGUUUUGAAUUCAUUUACUCCACAAACACGAACGAAAUAUAUCAAUUGGUAUUCCGCCAUGAUGCCGUCGUUAAUGAUAUGGCGCAGAGUGUGGUCCGCGAUUGUGAAAUAUACAAUCUAAUGUCAACCACAAGCAUCGGAGACGGUAUAUAA